AUGGAGGCUCACUACCCCAAGUACGUCCUCUACGGCCUCCUCAUCCUCGGCUCAUGGCUCAUUUCCUGCCUUCUCCACUUCCAGUUCGUCCACCUCUCCCUCUUCUCCUCUAGAGCCCAAGGCUCCCGGGCGUCGCCCAUCGUCCUGCCGCUAUCGGUCCCCAACGGGCUCGACACCAGCAUCCAGCAUCCAGCUUCCUCUGUCGUCGCCGAUCAGGAUGGCGCUCUGCGCCGGCUUUCAUCGGCCGCAUCGCCGUCGUGCGAGGGGAGGUACGUGUACAUGGUGGAUGUGCCGUCGCGAUUCGAUGUUCUGAGGGACUGCGUCGAGGGUUCCCCUGUGUUUCAGGAUGAGUACCAUAUGUGCUCCCUGAUGGCCAAUGCCGGCAUGGGCCCUGCGUUCCCCCCCGCCACCGGCAACGGCAGCGACGGUGACACCGGCGUCAUCCCCAACACCGGGACCGGGUGGUACAGCACGGACCAGUACGCCCUGGAGGUGAUUGUCCACAACCGGAUGCGGCGGUACGAGUGCCUCACCGACGACCCGGCUGCAGCCACGGCCGUGUACGUGCCCUACUACCCGGCGCUGGAGAUCGAGCAGCACCGCUGCGGCUUCAACGCCUCGGUGCGCAACGGUCCCUCCUCCGAGUUCCUCCGGUGGCUGUCGUCGCGGCCGCAGUGGGCAGCCUUCGGGGGCCGCGACCACUUCAUGGUCGCCGCCAAGACUACCUGGAUGUUCCGGCACCUUGAGGGCGACGGCAACGCCACCAACAGGGUGUGCGGAAACAACUUCCUCGAGCACCCGGAGUCCGGCAACAUGACGGUGCUCACCUACGAGUCACACAUCUGGGAGCGCCGGGACUUCGCCGUGCCGUACCCGAGCUACUUCCACCCGACGUCCGCGAACGCGGUGGCCGCGUGGCAGGCGCGCGCCCGCGCCGCGGACAGGCCUCGGCUCUUCGCCUUCGCCGGUGCGCGGCGCGCCAACGGGAUACUGCCCAUCCGCGACCGCAUCAUCGAUUCGUGCGCUUCAUCGAGCCGGUGCGGGCUCGUCGACUGCAGCCACGGCCUCCAGGGCUUCCUCACCUGCCGGUCGCCGCGGAGGCUUGUCUCCGCCUUCGCCUCGUCCCGCUUCUGCCUGCAGCCGCAUGGGGACUCCUUCAUGCGCCGCUCCUCGGUGGACUCCAUCAUGGCCGGAUGCAUCCCCGUCUUCUUCCACGAGGAGUCCACCUUCAAGAAGCAGUACCGGUGGCACCACCCGGACCCGGACAGAAGCAACGGCGACGAACGCCGGUACUGGGUGCUCAUCGACCCCGACCAAGUCCUCCAAGGGAAAGUGGACAUCGAGGAGGUGCUGGCCAAGUACACAGACGAGGAGGUGGCCGCCAUGAGGGAGGAGGUCAUUAACAUGAUCCCCAGGUUUCUGUACAAGAACCCCAGGGAGAGAUUCCAGGGGGACAUGAGGGAUGCGUUCGACGUAGCCUUUGAUGAGGUGAUGGCGAGGAUGACAAGGAUCAAGAAGGGGGAGGAUUUGGGAUGGCCUGUUGACCAUGAUACACUGGCCGCCAAAGACUCGUGA